AUGAGAGCUUUGGCAUGGAAUUGUCAGGGUGUGGGGAGCCCUCUGAUAAUUCAUCAACUGAAGGAGCUUUCUAAGCUCUACUCCCCGGGGUUUUUUUUCCUAAGUGAGACAAAAAACUCCGAGAAGAAGUUACGAAAUAUCCAACAAAAUUUACAUAUGGAUCAGUCUUGUAUUGUGGACCCUAUGGGCACUGCGGGUGGCUUGGCCUUGUUUUGGCAGAAUGAAAUUCAGUUGAGUGUCAUUUAUACAACGAAUUUUUUCAUUGAAGCUCAAGUGGUUUAUGUACUCUCAAAACAUUCUUGGCGAUUAAUUUGCAUGUAUUUUAGCUCAGUUGAUUCAGUGUGGGUUUCUCAGAUGCAUUAUAUACAGGAACGUAGUGCUAGCUUCGGUCAGCAUUGGGUAAUCUGGGGAGAUUUUAAUGACAUUUUGCAUGCUACAAAAAAGCGAGGUGGUCAUGCUCGUCCUCAUUGGUCUCUAAUUCCUUUUCGUUCUUUUAUUGAUAGUAGUGGACUGUUAGACUUGGGCUAUAGUGGUUUCCCGUUUACUUGGCGUAAUAACAGAAAUGCUGGGAGUUAUAUUAUAGAACGAUUGGACAGAGUCUUGGCUAGUGUAGAUUGGCAACUUUCUUUUGAUCGAGCGAUUGUCACGCACUGGUCUCGCACAUUCAAGGUGGUCCACAAGUUGAGCCAGUGUCGUGCAAAUUUACGAAUUUGGAGUACGACUCGCAAUUUUAAUUCUGCUCGUGAAAUUCGUCACCUCAAAGACCAGCUUGUGCUUAAAAGGCAGAGUCUAAGACCUAAUCAAGCCCAUAUCCAUUCUUUGGAACACAAUCUUCAGACAGCUUGGGGUAAAGAGGAAGCAUUUUGGCGUCAGAAAUCGCGAAUUGACUGGCUUCGCCUUAGUGAUAAGAAUUCCAAGUUUUUCCAUGUGUGCACUAUGCAACGGAGGUCCCGGAAUCGUAUCUCUGGCGUGGAAUCUGUUUCAGGGGAUUGGAUUAGUGAUAUGGAUCGUGUUGCCUUCGAAUUUAAUUCUUUCUUUCAGCAACUUUACUCUCCAGAUAGUUCGUUUUCUCCAAAACCUACUCUUGGUUUGUUUCCAUGUAUAGUGAAUGCAUCUAUGAAUUCUCAGCUCACAGGGUCAGUUUCGAAUGCUGAAAUUCGAGCUACCUUAUUUGAUAUGAGCCCGUCCAAAGCUCCAGGCAUUGAUGGUUUAACUGCUGGCUUUUAUCAAGCUUACUGGGAUGUGAUGCUUCGUAGUAUUAACCAUACCCUUAUUUCUCUUAUUCCAAAAGUACCCCAUCCCGUCAAAGUUUCGCAGUAUCGGCCAAUUAGCUUGUGUAUUGUUCUGUAUAAAAUCAUUUCAAAGAUCCUAGCAAAGAGAUUAGCUCCGUUGCUGCCCUCUUUAGUUAGUGAAAAUCAAAGUGGUUUUGUGACUGGAAGGCAAAUCACGGAUAAUAUUUUGGUAGCACAUGAAGUUAUGCACUAUAUCAAACAGCGGCGCCAAGGUCAAUUGGGCCUCAUACUCGACAUGACUAAAGCCUAUGACAGAGUUAGUUGGUCUUAUUUGGAGGCGAUUAUGCUAAAGAUGGGUUUUAAUCCCCGUUGGGUAUCAUGGAUUAUGGAGUGUGUUUUGACGGUGUCAUUCUCUAUUUUACUUAAUGGUGAGCAUGGAGCUGCCUUUAAUCCAAAAAGGGGACUGAGCCAAGGCUGUCAAUUAUCUCCUAUGCUAUUUAUUUUGUGUGCGGAAGGUUUCCAUCUUUUAUUUCAACAGACAGAAGCACAACGUCAACUUCAUGGUGUUCGUAUUGGUCGUUCUUGUCCACCCAUAUCUCAUCUUUUAUUUGCGGAUAACUCUAUCAUUUUUUGCCAAGCCUCGGUUGCUAAUGGCAUUUCUGUGUGGAAUUUAUUAAACAUAUAUGAGACAGCUUCGAGGCAGACUAUCAAUCGAGAUAAGUCUAAGGUAUUUUUUAGUCCUAAUACUCCGGUAGAUCGGCGUAGCUUCAUUUUGCAAUCUUUAGGCAUUGCUCUUGUGGCUGGUGGCGGGAAAUAUCUUGGGUUGCCCUCUAUUAUUGGACGCUCGAAGAUGGAGGUGUUUCAUUUCAUUCAAGUUCGUGUUCUCUCUCGCAUUGCGAGGUGGAAGGAGAGUUUUCUUAGUCAAGCAGGCAGGGAAGUUUUACUCAAUUCAGUCCUUAUGGCUAUGCCGAAUUAUGCUAUGAGCUGUUUUAAACUCUCGGUUUCAUUGUCCAAAAAAAUCAAUGCUGCUAUUGCUAGGUUUUGGUGGGGUAGUCAAGGUGAUGAAAGAAAGGUUCAUUGGUUGAGUUGGCCAAAGUUAAGUGCAUGUAAGAAAAGAGGUGGGCUGGGCUUUCGAGAUCUUGAAGCUAUGAAUUUGGCAUUGCUUGCUAAACAGGGGUGGCGUCUUGUCUCGGGGCCGCCAUCUCUCUUUCAACGGGUUUUCAAAGCUAAAUACUUCCAUAAUACUUCCUUUUGGGUAGCAAAAGACUUUGCUUCUGCUUCAUGGGCUUUGAAGAGUAUCCUUGCAUGCCAUAAGGUGCUGGAGCGAGGGUGGCGUUGGCAAGUGGGUAAUGGUCGAAAUAUUCGAAUUUGGGAUGAUCCUUGGCUUCCUUCUCAGUCUACCUUUCGAGUUUUGGUCCCUAGACCAGCUGAUGCCCACAUUACUUUGGUAUGUGAUUUGAUUGACUCUGUUUCUAUGACCUGGAAUCAACCUCUUCUGUUGCAUUCUUUCUCAGAAAAUAUGGCACGUAUGAUUAUGGCUAUUCCCCUCAGUUACACGGGGGUUGAGGAUAAACGAAUUUGGUACUUUCCUUCUACUGGUAAUUUUACAGUUCGCUCCGCAUAUGAUAUUGCUUCACAACGUAAGGUGUUGACUGAUCCAUGGUGUCCUCGUUGUGGUGUUGAAUUGGAAACGUUGGAUCAUCUUAUGCUUCGAUGUCCUAAUUCACAACUUGUUUGGAAAUGCUCUCCGCUUCGAUUGGAAUGGCCUUCACAUAUUACGUUGGAUUGUUUCUCCAAGUGGUGGCACUAUCUUGAACACCAUCUAGCUAGUGUGGAGCAAGGGGAUAAGAUUCUUCAUUUGGCCUGUUGUAUUUGUUGGGCCCUUUGGAAGUCUCGGAAUGCUUGGGUUUUCUCCAAAAUUCACCAAAUGCCACCAUUCAUCUCCAGCUUGGCUGUGGCGGAAUGGAUUGAAUUUUCUGAUGUCUUGGAUUUGGACUCUCAUGAGCAAACAUCAUCCUUGCCGAGUGUUUUUACCGCCGCACUAUCCUUGACAUUCCUCCUAUUAACUGUUGGGUGUGUCCUCCUUCUGGUUAUAUCAAACUGA